ACUACUUCUCCUCUCCAAUCUUUGGUUUAUCUAAACUUAAGUUUUUGCAAUAUUACUAUAAUGCCUGAUGUUAUUGGAGAAUUAAGGUGUUUAGAAAGACUAAAUCUUCAAGGAAAUAAGUUUACUACACUUCAUUCCACAUUGAGUAGUCUUCACAAUCUAUCAUAUUUAAACCUAUCUCAUUGCCAUAGGCUUCAAAGUUUACCUGAGCUACCGAUAGAGAGUGGUCGAUCAGAUUUGGCGGGAAAAUAUUUUAAAACAACAUCUGAAUCUCGUAAUCAUAGAUCGGGUCUAUAUAUUUUUGACUCUCCCAAUUGUUACAUAGGCGAGUCCUUGAUCGCAAACCAACAUAUAUAUUGGCUCUUCACUACAUGGAUAAUAAGACUCGUUAAGGAACCUCUUCAUUAUCGGUGUGGCUUUGACAUUAUUUUUCCUUGGCAUGUGGAAACCAAUGGUUUGUAUAAAGAUGGCGUUUUCUCAGAUUUGUUGUUCCACUUCCAUCAUCAGUUUAACGGGAAUACCGUAGUACGAAUGGAUUGUUCAACUAUGGCUGUUGAUUGGGCUGGUUUUCUCUUUUAUGUAACAUUUGAGUCAAAUAAUCAUAAUCAUCAAUCGUUGUCUUCUUCUUCUUCAUCGCCAUUGCCAUGUCCUUUUUAUCUUUCUUUUGAGAGUGAGCACACUGAAGAGAGAUUUGAUAUGCGAAUAAAUUUGGAACAUAAUCAAGUUCAAGGCAGGAAUUAUAUUUGGAUGAUCUUUAUCUCUAGAGAACACUGCCAUUUUGUAGAAACUGGAGCACAGAUCACAUUUAAAGCAUGUAAAGGUUUGGUUAUUAAGGAAUGGGGGUUAUGUGUCAUAACCAAGGAAGAUGUAGAGGGCUCUGAAUGGAGACCAAGAACGGAUCUUGAUUUACAGGUUCUGGAAAUAAAAGAAAGCAGCAGUGGUAAUGAGUUUGAGCCUAAAAUUCAACUUCCUUACAAUUGGUUAGUUUCGGACGAAGAUGAAGCUGAGACGGUUCAAGCAAAGGGGAAAGAAACUGAUCUCUUUAAUCUUGGCCUUUACCUUUAGAUUUUCUAGUUUGCAUCUUCUGCAUUUUUGUGUGUUUUGGCUACA